UCUUUGGAAUUGCUGAUUGCUUGGUUUCUUUUUCUUUUCUUGUUAGAUGGAGAUUAGUUUUCCUAAACCGAUUGGGUUUGUGGGUGCAUGUCAUUUGGUUGCGGGUUCUUGGAUGAGAGGUGACUGUGGUGGGGAUUUUUAGUCUUCUCAUGGUGUUUCUUCAAGAAUUGUUGAUUCCUUCGUUUCUUGGUGUCAUUUGUGUGACCUAUAUAGAAAUGAAAUAUCUAUAUUUGUUGCAUGGAUGCACAUGAAUUUUUUUUUUCUUUUAUUUUUGUAAAAUAAUGAUUUUUUAGUGAAAUGUCUUGUAUACUACGAAGGCACACUACUAAAGAUACUUCAAUCGCAUUAUAUAGAAAUGAAAUAUCCAUUUUGUUAUAGCUGACUGAUACUGUAUACCUUAGAACAUGUGAUCACAAUUGCCUUUUUGGAGAUCAAUAUCCUUUUACCUGUGGAUGGAAACUGGUUUCUACCUGGGAAGAGCCAUUGCAGCUUGUUGGGCAAAUUGGGAGAAACAAAUGCAGUUAGUGUUCCUUUCAGGCUAGAUUUUACAACUACCAAGAAAUUACACUUGCUCCAGAACUAGCCUGGUAUUGGGAUAUGCAUCUUGAUGCAAGAUAUUCUGAAAUGCAAGACAUUGGCAUGAGAGGUUCACAGAAUAGACCCUAUUCAAAAUCUACUUGUGUGAACAAUCCUACUUGGUGGAAUUCAAAUAGUGCAACUAUUCCGGAGUCCUCAUAUUCCAAGAACUUGAAUAUGAACAUGGACUUCUUGGGGAAAGAUGGUAACAAGGUAAAGCUAUUGAACCAUUCGGUAUCUGAACAUGACUCAUCAACUCAGUCCACUGGUCAAUCUCAUCAAGAAAUAUCAGGAACAAGUGAAGACAAUGUUCAUGAGCAACAUAUUUCAGUACAAUCUGGUAUCGAUAGUACACUCACAAAGUCAGCCAAGGAUCAUCUGAAGCCAGUCAUAUCUCUUGGGGCAUCAGAUGCUGCCCUUGCACCUCCAAAAUGGGACUACAGCCAGUCCUUUGCUCCUGUUCCAUACCCUUAUGCUGACCCAUAUUAUGGUGGUAUCUUUGCUGUGUGCGGACCACAUGCUGUGAUUCAACCACAAAUGACGGGAAUAGCAUCCCCUGCUCGAGUUCCACUGCCGCUUCAACCUGCAGCGGAAGAACCCAUUUAUGUCAAUGCAAAACAAUAUAAUGCAAUACUUCGAAGGAGGCAGCUGCGUGCAAAGUUGGAGGCUCAAAACAAACUCAUCAAAAAUAGAAAGCCAUAUCUUCAUGAGUCACGCCAUCUUCACGCAAUGAAGAGGGCAAGGGGAUCCGGUGGACGAUUCCUCAACACAAAGCAGCUCCAGCAACAACAGCAGACGCAGGCUUCUGCCAUGUCAGGCCGUAAGCAGCUCACCGGUUCAGAGCUCCGCCCCAUUGGUUUGGCUGCCACUUUGAUCGACUCCGACACCGCAACUGUCUCUACAAACAGAAGCAUGUUAGCGCAACGGGAUCGCUUGGGCUUCCCCUUGCCCAAUCUCCUCCAUUCAAGCAUGGGAACAAGCAAUCAAGGUGGCAGCAGCAUGAUGAGCAGUAAUUCGGAGCUCCAAGUCCCACCCAUGCGGUAAAACUUGGGGAGCCAACCGAGAGUGAGGAGAUUGUAUCUCGCUGUGUCUCAUGGUGGUUCCCCGGCAAUUCAUCCUUGGCUUUUGGCAUCUCAUCCGAAAUGCUUCAUUUGAUAUGGUACUAAACUCUAGUUUGGUAACUCAGAAACUCAUCAGUGUUAACCAGUACAGAGCUUAUCGUACUCGUCCUUUAAUUUGUACCAAGUAAAGAGAUAGCAAGUGUGACUCAGAGACCUCCUUCUCAAACAAAUGCAUGGAUUCCAUCUCCA